GAGUUGUAGAAGACACGCAGCGGCCUUACGAUGCAGUAGGCCAUGCUACCAUAGCACACCGUUUUUCAUAGCUUGAGGGAGAAUAACAAGUGUGUAUCUUGUAGAGAGAGAAAACGAUUCAACUGUGUGGCUUGCACUUUGUCUUUGAAUAAGCUCAAUUGGAAACACUGCGAACUAGAGUUAGCUAAAAUGAUUAUCAUUUCUUAACCAGAAAAGAGGGUUGCUUCCAGUUUUAUUUUCUAGAUUGUAUGCCAAAAUCGAAAUUUUCAUAGCGUAGUUCAGUUUCGCCUACGUACACAACUCGUGAAAAAGCGUCCACAGUUCGUUGGUGUUUUUGCGUAGUGAGAGUUCUGGUGUCUCAGUUUCCGUCUUUCUUUUGUAACUCUUUCAAGCAAUUGUGAAGUACAAAGAGAAAAUUUACAGACUUUGAACAUGAACGGUUUUAGUACGGGGUCGGGGGAGGAGGAUUCGCGUGAUUCCAAGCGAAGCCACGACCAACUCUGCUGCCUCAUUGAAUUUGAUCAGAUGAUUGACGAUGGCGAGCGAUGUCCUAGAAUGGCUGGAAACGCCUCUUACAGUAAAAGGAUUCAAAAAACUGUGCAACAAAGGAAACUUCGGCUACAUAUGGACUCCUCUGCCAGACACAUCUAUAUUUGUGAUUACCACAAGAGCUUAAUUCAGUCCGUUCGCGUGCGACAGCGCAAGAGGAAGGACUCAGAAGACGAUUCCAAUGAAACAGAUCGUGAUACGCUGAGUCUUCAAGAGAGAGAGCGUGAUGCUCCCGAAGUUGAUUUGUUCCAGCUUCAGAUCAAUACGUUACGGCGUUACAAGCGACACUAUAAAGUGCCCACCCGACCAGGACUCAAUAAGGCACAACUUGCCGAGACCCUGAUGCGCCAUUUCCGGACAAUCCCCAUAGUGGAGAAGGAAGCCCUCCACUCAUUCCUUUACACCGUCAAAUCUAACAAAAACAAACUCGAUCUGAAACCUAACAAUGACAACUUGUAACCGUGGUCUGUUCAUGCUUCAACCUUCCCCCAGUGCAAAUCACGUUAAAGCACGUUUGUCUUCGAAUUACUUAACUAGCGAAAGGGCGAAACUCAAAAUAUGCGUGCGUCUGUUGUUUUCUCCUUUGCAUGUUUUAAUUAUUAAUUUAACCUUGUAAAUUCAAAUACAUUCGAACGAAAGGUUUCAUU